AUGUCCGGGCACAGGAUUUACGAGCUUCUUCCCGCGGACGUUCGAGAAUUAACCGUCGCCCCUCGUUUGUAAUAUUAUAAUACGUAUAAGGUCUUCAGUUACCGCGCGGUCCUAUUGUUGUGCCGCAGUGGCGGUUUCAAACCCGAAACGCACAGCGCAACAGUUUCCUCUCCGCGGGAAAAAAAUCCACUGGAAAUCCUCGAAAACGCCGCAGAACGUAACCGACUGCGCGACGAGGUCCUCGCGCUGCUGUGUUCUCGCCCCGUGGCCCGGGCAAAAUAUCACCGGCGAGGCGGCAGAUUUCCGAAGCGCCACCUAUCGCAACAGACGCGAACAACAGAAACGAUGGUCGUUACGAGUUGGCCGUUUUUAGUUCCGUCGCUUGUUAAGAACCAUCGAUCAAUUCGCUUUAUUAUUUAUAUUGUUUCAGACUGUCGACGAUUAAUGGUCGAAAAUAUUAUCCUACGGCGACAAAAGAUGUUUUGAAAAAUGUAUCCGACAUUUAAUACUCAAUAAAUACUAAGUGUUUUCGUAUAGAAAAUGUUUAAAAAUAAAACUAGCUCGUCUUUUUUUUUUCCGUCGAUUAUUUCUUAAUUUCACAAUAAAGGUAGAACUUGACAAAAAAAAAAAAUUGCGAUUCUACCUUAUUUUUUCGAAAUAAACAUUACAACAUUAAUAAAAUGUUGGCUUUAGCAAAAAGUAUAAGGCAAUAAUUAGCGCUGUAAUGAAGAUACAAUACAAUUUUUCGUAAUAUUAAAAUGUAAGAAAUCAUUCGUCGAAAACCAAAAAUUGUGAUUUUUUCAUAAACUUUGAGCUUUGAGCGCCUUGUUAAUUAGGCCCAAUCGAGUUCAAAUUUUAAGGAACCUAUUUUUAGAUGUAUUGAAAGAUUUUUCAGGCCGACACUCCUUUUUUAUAUUUAUAUUUCUAUUAGACCAAUAUUAAAAUCAACAAUGUUGAAUAAAUCAAAAUAAUGAUUCAAAUUCCGGAUUUCUAAAAUCUUUAGUCUUUCUGUUUAUAAAGUCAUCGUAUACGAUUUAUUAAUAAUAAUUUUAUAAUUAUUUUUGAAUAACGAAAUCAGAUUAAGAACAAAUCUGUAAUUGAAAAUCACCUUUCAAGAGAACAAUUAUGAAAUAAUGGACAUAAACUACGUAAAAAAAAUAUGAUUUUAUAUAUUAUCAUAACAUAAAAAUAGAUAGUUGCUUUGACUUCUAAAUACAAGUAUAUUUAAAUCGGAUGCAACAAAUUUAGAUCUUCAACAUAUUGAAUUCGACAGUAAAUUUCAACAUCAUCGGUUGAUAUGUAUAAUAUAUUAGCAUACGCAUAUCUGUGAUUGAAACAUAAUAAUAUCAGGACCUAGAGAAUUAUAAAAAAAAUCGGAGAAAUAUUAAGUCCGGGAGGGAGCAGCCCGGGCUCCUAGGAUCUGUCCCCGGAUGAUGUGUAUUCAGACGCAAAUUUGAAAUUCGAAAACGACGAAAAUUACCGUUCGGUUACGUAUAUUCCGAACAACACUCAAUAAUGAAAUUAAAAAUAAUAAUAAUAGUAUCCGUACGAUACCUAUAUGCUGUUUAUUUGAUUAAGUUAAAAAUCGUAUAGGUAAACUGUACCUAUAAUAUUAUACUUUCGUAUAGCUUAUAAUAGAUUGCCUAUAUAAUUGUAUCGUAACGAUAAAGUACGCUGGUGUUUUGCCGGUGGGCUCUGUUGUACCUAUGGUAGUGAGGUAUAGUGCAGACCGCGAAUUAAGAUAUACAGGAUACCGACCGGAAAGGUCUUAUCAAUGUUUUUCCGAGUCCGACCGGUUCUCAAUAUUUGGCAUGGCAGCUAGCGCUUUAAGGAAUAUUUGGUAUAAGUUUGACCUUUACUUAUCACACGUUCGUUCGGUACCCUGUAUAUCUUAAUUCAUGGUGCAGACUAAAAUGCGGAAUACACGUGAUGUUACAGCAGUAUUGAUUUUGGAUUUUCUAUGAAAAUACACCACUGGCAUGGGUGACUGUUAACAAAUAUUAUAAUUUGCACUGCCUUUUGAAAAAUCUCCGAGCACCACUGCUUGUGCCUAAAACUAUAUUAAUAUACCCAUACGUUAUGUUAAACUGUUUAACACGAUUUUUAUAUUUUUGAACCGUAGGUAUUUAUGGUAUUUUGUCUGUCCGCUACGGAAGUUAUUUUUCUUAAUGUUUUUUUUUUUUUUUUUUAUAAUAACGAAAAACGAUUAUAUUGAAAUCGGAACUAUCGCAUUUCGCAUUCAUGCUCUCGUCUAUUUAUAAACGCACGAACGUAUUUAUAAAUACUAAAUACGCUGUUAUAACACGAAUGAUUGGUAGAUACCUAAAACUUAACAUCAAAAGUGUCCGGGUUUUGAGUUUAAGUCCGCGGAACGCUGGACGUUCGGUCAAAACGAUAGUAUGAAAUAUUUAUUACGCCGGUCGCCGUAGCGACGACCGUUCUUAAAAAAAAUAACACGGAUGUCAUUGCUGGUUUGAAAUAAUUCUAUCGGGAGUACCGUUGGCUAGUUAAAUACACAAACAAAUCAACUGUUGCUUCGUGGAUACGGUCGCCGGUAAAGUUAACGAGGGCCCGGCAACCGAGUAAACAACCUUAGUGUGCGAUCCGAACAAAUAGGUAAGAAUAAUAUCAAUUAAGAAUAUCAAAUUUAAAAUUCAAUAUACCUAAUGGUAUAGUUUUUGUUUUUGGUUUGGUUUUUUUUUUUAGCCUUUUGAUUCUACUGCACAUUCGUGCGCGUCAUCGUCUCUUCGUGUAUCUUCCAACACUAUGAUCAACAUGAUGUUCACCGUAGUUUCGCUAAUAGAGAGCAUGCUUUUCACGGCGAUCUUGAUGUUACUGGUACUGUGUUGGCUAAGCGAAGCAAAUACGAACAUUGCCGUCGAAGUGUGGAACGCAAUCGUUCUAAUAAGGUACGCGCGUAUAUCCGAAAAACCGUUUUUUACGUUGUUUUUCGUCCAUUUUUAAAACGAGUAAUCGGCGUCUUGCAUCGGGCGAGUCUGUGCCGAUGGCGAAUCGCGCCUCGUCAUCGUCACUCGUCGGCGAAUAAAGCCGACGACCGUGGUGCGCCUUUGCCGUCGCUCGCCGGCUGUUUUCCUACGAGAAAUAUACGCGAACAAUACCGUUUCCCGCGUCCACGACUGAGCCGGAUUUUUAUUCGGAUUUUUAUUGCCCGGNUUUGCUACGUCAACUAUCUAGGUAUAUAAUAUACAUUUUUAGUGGGUGUCUAAUGACCCAUAAUCUACGUGCGUGAAAUUUGUCACUGGCCGGACCGUUGCCUUCAAACUUUACCUGUACAAGUAAACUACUAUUCGAAAUUUCGAUGAUCCGACAAGAAAUGAACGGUUUAGUAAUGAUAUUACCCCGAAAAAAUAUAGCGUCAUUAAAAUAUAUGUUAUAAAAUACAGAAAUUUAUAUUGUUUUUUUUUUUUUUGUCUAAUACCCUUCUGUGUUACACGAGAGAAAAAAUCAAAUUUAAUUUAUAAUAUAAUAAUGAAAACUUAUACAUGUUUCUAAACGGAAAGUUCGAUCUCUAUUGUCCGGGGUUUACUUCGAAAAUACCUGCUCGAUUUGCGUCCUUACUAAUUAUAUAUAUGAUAAUAUUUUAAGUGUGUUAGAAAUUAUUUUAAUACAUAUUAGAUUUAUGAUUUUUAAAUUUAAUUACAGGAACGUUUUUCAAGUGAUAAUAAAAGACGAGUACACUACGGGCAAAAAUCAGGAUCCGGAUGUCGAAGAACCCGAAUCAGCGGAUUCUUCCGGUAAUCGAGCUUGUCAUCAAGCUUCGAGUUCUUUGGCGGCUGACCUCAUUUCGCCGUCGUUCCCCCUCUACGUUUGGUCUUCACAGCCAGGAGAUAAUGCCGCCCAAAGUAUCGGUAAAUAUACAUUCUAGGAUAGACUUCUGUAUAAAAAUUAUGAAAAAUACCUACCUGCAUCCUAAUAAUUUAUUUUUGAUUUGAUGUAGACGAAUCCUGCAUGGAGAGCAUAAUUCAAGUGGUUAAUUUGACAAUUAGAGGGGCCCAACCCGUCGAAAAAUCUCUAAAAUAUUUUCAAUUUAUUUUAUUUGGUUUGAAUAUGGGCGAGGUAAUAAUACUAUCGAUAUUCGUUUUAUGUAUUUAUUUUUAUUCGUCUUAGAUCAUAAAGGAGAAAAAAAAAUGUAUAUGUUACAAUGCUACAAGUUAUGUAAUUUAAAAAAUUUAAUUAUUUAAACAUUUCGCAGCAAAUGUAUAGGCGUAUUUAUUGUCACUUGCAUGAUCAGUUGGUUUGGUGGUAUUAUCGUGUUGGCGAUUCGGAAUUGGAGAUUGUUGGGAAACUUUAUGGAGGGUUUAUAGUCCUAGGGAUGAGACUGUAAGUGGUUUUCUAAGGUUUUAGUAAAAAUAGUUACACUUAUAAGUUAGAUUGCGUAAUAUGUGUUUUUUUUUAGCAAUUUAUCGGACGAUUGGAAACCGAGUGCUAGAAUGGUUUUAAACCAUUUAGAAAAUUAUGAUAUUUUAUAUUUAAACUUCGCCCGAUCCGCGUUCAAACAAUUAAAUCAAGAUUUACCGCAGAAGUAUUCACAUCUAAUCAAGGUAUGUUUCAAAAAAAUAAAAAAUUACGGUUAAUGUAUUAUUUUAUACUCGUACAAUUUCUUAGAAUAUUUCAUCGAAUUAAUAUUCGAUUCACAGAUUAAACAAUAUAGCAAAUAAUAAUAUAGUAGGCAAUGGAAUAGCCAAUAAGUAUCGCAAAGUAUCAUUUACGUAUCAGAAACUCGCGGCAUUUACAAAACUCAAAUAAGAAUUACUUGACGAUCACUACCAUCAUAUUAUGUUGUUAAAAUAUGGUGGUAGGUAACACGUGAAAAAGUAGAAGAAAACUGAGAUUUUGGUACGGCGGAAUGACUGUCGCGAUAAUUUCUUGCUUAUAUAUUAUACUUGGCUACUGCAAAAUACGCAUCUCAGGGGACUGCAGGCGGUGGUUCUGGUGAAUUUUUACGAUAUUACAUAUACCAAACAUACCGUAGGUGUAGGUAGCUAACGAUAAGUAAUAAAAUUUCAAAAAUAAAAUUAUUUAUCAAUAAAUAAAUAACCAUUUUGUGUUAGUGGAACUGUACAAAUUGUCUCACAAACGAUAUUAUCAUAACCAAACGUACCUAAUAUUUAAUGUGCGUACUUAUAUUUUCAGGAAAUGAUCGAUAAGCCGCGGAUAAACGCCAUACGAAAAGAAAAGCCUAUUGUCCUGCCGUCCUAUGCUUAUAGCUAUGAGUAUUUGUGA